ACAGCAUUUUUUUUAUAGAAAAUUAUAUUCAGGUUAAUCAAUUUAAGUAAUCUCAUUUAUAAUUGAACCGUUGAAAAUAAAUCACUUGAAGUAUCACAUAAGAAAGCAUGAGAUUGAUCAUAGUGUUCUUUUUUUGUCACAAUUUUAUUAAAGCUAGUGAUUAUAUUAAUUGCACUGGUUGUCCAUACCAUAACGUAUCAUUGGCAGCUUAUUAUCCAGAUUAUUCUAGUGAUAACUCGUUGGACUAUCUUGACAUGAGAGGAAAAAAAUUGAAUACCCUUCAGGAUUUUAUUGAUGGGCGUGAAGCUUAUGUUACUGCAGCUAUGGAUUUGAUACCUGAUGUUCCUUAUGGUACUAAAAUAUGUAGUCCAGAAUUGAAUGAACAUUUCGGAAUGCAUAUUCCAAUUCAAGUCAGAGAUUAUAAUAAUGAUUUAAAAGGAAAUGGAUUUUCUCGAUUAGAUCUUUGUGUAAGAAGCGAAAGUGAUAGUUAUGACGUUGCAGUUAAUAAAAUCAUAACAAUUUAUAUAUAAAUAAUUCAAAAUAAAGAAAUUAACUAAUUCGUAAGCUAAAGAGUUCAUCUUCAUUGAUCUAAAGACUUGACGACAUUGAUAAUAUAAUUUUUUAUAAACCUAUUGUUUUCAGUUACAAUAAAAUAACAGGGAAGUCUUGGUAAAUGUGAUUGACAAUAACUUCUAUUGUUAUGAUGAA